GGAGGAAAAAAUAAGUGCGCGAAUUGUUCGAAGCGCUUUAUGGUCGGAAUCCCCAUUCCCCAGCCGCCAGAGCACACCUCGCCCGUCUCGCUGUCUCGCACCACCGCUCGGGGAGAGGGAAGGAAGGAGGGGGGCGGCGGGAGGAGAUCUCGGGGCCUCUGAUCGAGUCGGAGCAGCGGGAGGAGGAGGAGAGAGCGGAAGGGAGGAGUAGAUUGGUCCGAUGGUAAGGGAGACGGGGUACUACGACGUGCUGGAAGUGAGCUCGGAGGCCACCGAGGCCGAGAUCAAGAAGGCCUACUACAUCAAGGCGAGGCAGGUCCAUCCGGACAAGAACCCCAAUGAUCCGUUUGCGGCAGCGAAGUUCCAGGAACUGGGUGAGGCAUACCAAGUACUCAGUGACCCCGCACAGCGCCAAGCCUACGACUCACAUGGGAAAUCUGGUAUUUCGACGGAAGCAAUAAUUGAUCCUGCAGCAAUUUUUGCAAUGCUGUUUGGUAGCGAGCUUUUUGAGGAUUACAUUGGUCAACUGGCUAUGGCGUCCAUGGCUUCACUUGACAUCUUUAGUGAAGAGGAACAGAUCGAUGAAAGGAGGUUGCAGGAGAAAAUGCGAGUUGUACAGAAGGAAAGGGAGGAGAAGCUUGCAGAGACACUGAAAAACAGAUUGCACCUCUAUGUUCAAGGAAACAAAGAGGAAUUUAUCCAGCUUGCUGAAGCUGAGGUGACUAGACUUUCUAAUGCAGCAUAUGGGGUUGAUAUGCUGAGUACUAUUGGUUACGUAUAUUCAAGACAAGCUGCGAAGGAGCUUGGAAAGAAAGCCGUAUAUUUGGGUGUUCCAUUUAUAGCUGAAUGGUUCAGAGACAAAGGCCAUUUUAUUAAAUCCCAAGUAACAGCUGCAACAGGUGUAAUAGCUCUUAUGCAGCUGCAGGAAGACUGGAAGAAGCAUCUCAGUUCUGAGUGCCACUACACCGAAGAGGAACUUGAGGCGUACAUGCAGACCCACAAAAGUGUUAUGGUCGAUUCCUUAUGGAAGCUUAAUGUUAUGGAUAUAGAAGCAACUCUAUCGCAUGUGUGUCAAAUGGUGCUUCAAGACAACAGUGUCAGGAAAGAGGAACUGCGAGCUCGAGCUAAAGGAUUGAAAACUUUAGGCAAAAUAUUCCAGCGUGUUAAGCUCAAUUCUACCGAGGGGGAGCCAACAGCAGUGGAGAAUACAAUAAAUAACUCGGAAGACAAUGAUGGUAGUUCCCCGGAUUCAUCGCCAAGAUCUCCCAGGGAACAUUCAUUCGAUCCAAAUCCACCAUAUUCCCAGAGUCCAUACGUGGAGGCCCCUCAGUUUGGCGGCUAUUCUUCAUUCAACUUCCCAAUGCCUACUGCCCCACCUGGCGCGCAGAGGGAUCCCGUUCCAUGACUGCUUCGAGUGGCAGUAACUUCGUUUUGUAUGGGUCGUCAUUUUGUACCAUAUUGCUUGUGUAGUAUAUGAUCGCAUGGUCCUCAUUUGUAUUUGUAACAGUAGUAGUAGAGUGAGGCAGCAGCUGGUUAUAUAUUGCAUCUUUUUUCUUCUCUUCAGUUGUGUAAUCAAUCAAUCAUGCAACGACGGCAGCCUUUGUGUUGUGUACAGGCAGGCUUGUUGUACAUGAACUAUCACUUCCUCUUUUUUUCCAAUGUGCCUAUGGGUGCAUAAUUGUUUUAGUCAAUGGCCCAUAUGUGAAAAUUUCGCAAA